AUGGAUCCUCUAUUACAUCUGCAUCCCGUCCUCGCUACCAAGUAUCAUGUGGCCUGGCCGUCCCUUCCGAGUUCUCCAUUGGGAUUCUCACAAGGACCUCUCCCUUCGCACAUUGCGCAAUCUCAAGAAGAGAUCCAUAAACGAGUGCGUGAUGUACUUGAGAGGAACAGACUUAUUGAAGAGGAGACGACUAUCAACUUCGGCCUCCGUGACAGAUCCCCGACCGUCUUGAUUUACACACAAUGGCAUGAGAACAGCAACAAGACAUGGAAGCGGGCGAUGGAAGAAAUGGUUACCUCGGUCAACAAAGACUUCCCAGCCGUCAUCGACGGAGGGUUCCAUUUUGAGAUGAUCGCUCCUCAAGCUCUCAUAGCGUUCCAUCCUAUUGAUAAAGGAUUUCUUUGGAAGAAGGAGUCAAAGGACGCGAUUCGCCGGCAUUUUGAUGCUAUGCAACCAUACCACUCGGAAGAUAUCUGCCUGAGGUCAGAGUAUCAGAGACUCUAG